AUGGAGCUCUCAGAUGCGAUCGAAAUCCCGAGAGUAAAUAAUGUAUUUAUGCGCAAAGGACCAAGACCGGCACAAAUAGGAUCAUUGGUGUUGAUUGGACAUCAUCUUAUAUUUUCUCCAAAUGGUCAGACUCCUCAGGAUGGGGGCGGUGAGGAAUUCUGGCUACUUCAUCGUGCCGUUGAUCGCGUUCUAUGCGAUCCAAUAAGUCGAGAUCAACCUUCGAAAGGAGGAUUAUUAGUUCUCAAAUGCAAAAAUUUUAUGAUAAUAGUAUUCGAGAUUCCUAAUUGGGAAGAAUGCAAUGCCGCAGCCCGUUCUAUCGAAACCUUGUCGAAUAUAAAUGGUUGUUCUCAUGAUUAUCCUUUCUAUUAUCGUUGUCCUUUCCAAGUGCUCGACGAUGGCUGGAAAGCAUUCGAUUCUGAAGAGGAAUUCGCUCGCCUCAUCGUUCGAUGUGGUGACGCUUUUCGAAUUAGUAGUGUUAAUGAAGGUUUCGAAGUCUGCCCAUCAUAUCCUGAGAAAGUUAUUGUGCCUAAAGGUAUAGGUGAUGAUUAUUUGAGGAUCAGUGCAACGUUUCGUGACGGAUCACGAUUUCCUGUUCUAAGUUAUUACCACAAGAGCACAAAGUCAUCUAUUAUGAGAUUCAUUGUUGACGGUGAAUCGUGGCACCAUCAUCGAUACAAGAGCCAAACAAAUCGCACAGAAUGCAAGGAGCAAAGAGGAGGAUACGAAUCUCAAAUGCAUUACUCUCAUUUCCGAUAUAUGUGCUUCCCAAUUCCACGUAUUCGAGAAAUACAUGUUGCGCUUGCUAAGAUGGUGGAACUGUGCAACGACCGUCAGGUCUCAUGUGAUCGAUUUGUGUCCCGAUUAGCGCAAGCAUCCUGGCUACAGUGUGUAUCGGAUAGCCUCAACUGUGCUGCAAAUGUGGCGCAGUGCGUCCAUUGUGAAGGUACUCCAGAGGUACCUGUCGUUGUUCAUGGCGGAGAAGGAACUGACACAACAUUGUUAGCUACAUCACUGGCGCAGGUUAUACUUGAUCCAGAUGCUAGGACUAUAAGAGGAUUUGAGUCAUUGAUAGAAAGGGAGUGGAUUUGCGCUGGGCACCCUUUUCAGCUACGAAACGCUCACUCCGCUUAUGCGGAAGGUACUAUCACUGGUCCACAAGAAAGCCCAGUUUUUCUAUGCUUCCUUGAUGCAGUUUAUCAAAUAAUUGCUCAGUUCCCUCACUCAUUCGAGUUUGGGGAAGAGUUUCUAAUUUUUCUGUUUGAACAUGCCUAUGCGAGCGAGUUCGGUUCUUUCCUAGGUAACAAUGAAAUGAUGAAGGCUGAGCUUGGUGUGAAGAGAUCAACGGUCUCACUUUGGUCUUAUGUUAACAAUCCUGAAAUAUUGCGAUCCUUCGUCAACAUCUUGUACGAACCUAGAGAGUCUGUGAUAUGGCCUUCUGUUGCUCCACAGAGCAUUCAUGUUUGGGAGAGACUAUUUUUCCGAUGGCAGAACGACUGGACGGAAGAGGACUAUUUGAAAAAGUCAUCAGCUCAGUGGCGUACAAAAGAGCGUGAACUGAUUUCACGAGCUCUGGUUCUAAGAAGGCAGCUGAUCGAGUUAUCGAAAGAAGCCGUGCUUCAACCGAACGUUCAACAAGACCAAAUAGCAGACUAG